UGGACUGGUGAAGGCCUAUAAAACACACUUACCUCCAGUUUUGUGUAUGCUUGGAUUUGUGGAUUUUGUGUGGUGGUUUGAGAACGUGAACAUUGGGUUUUUGGAGUGCUUGUGGGGUUUUUUUGGGGAUCAUGGAUCAAAGUUGGAUAAGGUUACCCUUGCCAGUAAUCAUCUUGUUGUUUUGGGGGAAUGCUGAUGGAUUUAAAAAUGGAGUGUAUUCUGAUACCCAUCUUGGGUGGGUUCAGCCUUCUGAUGCUUUCUCACCUCAUGCAGUCCAGUCUUCUAUGUCAGAGGUCCAUGUGACUGAGAAUUCACCUGUUGAAGAAGUGGGCCCCAGUUUGUUCCCUAACAAACCCCUGAAAAGCAAGUCUAAGCUGAAUCUACUUCAGUUUGUCAAAGGUGGUUCCAGUAGCUAUCAGUCAACAUCCCAUGCCCAAACUGUUCAAAGCAGCUCUGGCUCCGCUUCCUUGCCUCAGGCCCUGAAUCAACAGCCUUCAAGCAGUUUGGCAUCCUUUGGAUCAGCUGUUGCUGGUGGAUUUAGUUUGGGGACUCAAUAUGCCGCAAGUGGUUCUGGACAAGUUGUUUCUACCCUAGGAGAGGGUAGUAGCUACCCUGCUAAGCUUGGUGUUUCUGGCCAAUCCUCCAGUGAUGCUUUGCAUGUGUCCAGCUCCCAGGAACCCUCUGUUCAACUGGCAGGAGCCUCUUUGCCCAUCUUCUCUAAGAGGUCCCUUACAGCAGUUCAUCUGCUCCAGGUGCCAUCUCCACUUCUCGAAGUAGCCCUGCACUAUCAGUAAGCUUGGGUCAACCUGUAUCUUCUCAGAGUGAAGUUGGUUACAGUGGUUUAUCUCGAGGGGCCUCUAAUCUGUAUACCCCAUACUCCAAUACCAUGCUCAGUUCUUCCAUUUCUAGCCAGUCCACAAAUGUUCAGAGUUCCCCUAGUGUGUCUACAAGCACCCAGAGCAGGUCUGGCACUCAGUUGGCAACUUCCAGUUAUUUUAUCCCUGUGCAAGGAGGUAGUAGCUCCGUUAGUGUCUCUCUCAAGCCCCAGGGCACUCUGGGUCAGUAUGCUCCCAUGUCUCCUACCAAAUAUGUAAGUGCUCCCCAAGCAACCACAAAUAGUGGGUCUUCCCAUAGCGCAGGAUCACCGGUUAGUCCUCUCUCUCAAAUGGGAGCUUCUGGUCAGUUUACAUCUCGGGGAGGGUACUAUUACAGGGGAUUGCUUCCACAGUCUCAAGCUAGCUCUAGUCAAUAUGCUCUUGGCUACUCCAAGCCCAUUUCCUCACCCCAGAGCGAUUCCAGUCAGUCCACUAGUGUCUUGAGUUCCAGUAAGCAAUAUAGCUCUGCCUCUAAGGGCAGCUCUGGGGCUCAGUUUGGGGCCUCUACUGGUUUUGCCUCGCAGGGAACAAGCAGCUCUUCCAGUGGUUCUGUCCAGUCUCAAGGUACCACAAGUCAGUUUGCCCCUGGGUCUCCAUCCUCCUAUCUAGGUUUAUCAUUGUCCUCACCCCAAGCUGGUCCAUCUACUAAUGUUCAGGGUUCUCUGAAGCGGCUGGCUUCUACCUUCGUAGGCAGCUCUGGCACCCAGGCAGGGUCCUCUACUGCCAUCCUGCAGGGAAGCCCUGCUUAUGGUGGAUCAUCUCAACCUCAAGAUACCACAAUUUGGUCUGUCCCUGGACCUCAUUCCUCCUAUGCAAGUGCAUCACUGUCUUCACCCCAAGCUGGUCCAUCUACUGUUCAGGGUUCUCGUAAGCGGCUUACCUCUACCUACAUGGGCAGCUCUGGCACCCAGGCAGGAUCAUCCAGCUUCACUCUACAGGGAAUUGGUACUUAUGGUGGAUCACCUAGGCCUCAAGAUGCUGCUAGCCAGUUUUCCCCUGGGUCUCCAUCCUCAUAUCCAGGUUUAUCACAGUCUUCACCCAAAGGUGUUGCCAGUCAAUCUAGUUCACAGAAGCGAUUUACCUCUGCCUACCAGGGCAGCUCUGGGGCUCAGUUUGGGGUCUCUACUGGUUUUGCCUCACAGGGAAUGAGCAGCUCUUCCAGUGGUUCUGUCCAGUCUCAAGGUACCACAAGUCAGUUUGCCCCUGGGUCUCCAUCCUCCUAUCUAGGUUUAUCAUUGUCCUCACCCCAAGCUGGUCCAUCUACUAAUGUUCAGGGUUCUCUGAAGCGGCUGGCUUCUACCUUCGUAGGCAGCUCUGGCACCCAGGCAGGGUCCUCUACUGCCAUCCUGCAGGGAAGCACUGCUUAUGGUGGAUCAUCUCAACCUCGAGAUACAACAAGUUGGUCUGCCCCUGGACCUCAUUCCUCCCACGCAAGUGCAUCACCAUUUUCACCCCAAGCUGGUCCAUCUACUGUUCAGGCUUCUCAGAAGCAGUUUACAUCUGCCUACCAGGGCAGCUCUGGGGCUCAGUUUGGGGCCUCUACUGGUUUUGCCUCGCAGGGAACAAGCAGCUCUUCCAGUGGUUCUGUCCAGUCUCAAGGUACCACAAGUCAGUUUGCCCCUGGGUCUUACUCAUAUGCAGGUGUUUCACUGUCCUCCCCACAAGCUGGUCCAUCUACUGUUCAGGGUCCUUGGAAGCCGCUUACCUCUACCUUCACAGGCAGCUCUGGCACCCAGGUGGGGUCCUCUACUCCCUUCACCCUGCAUGGAAGUCCUGCUUAUGGUGGAUCACAUCAGCCUCAAGAUAUGGCAAGUCCACUUGCCCCUAGCUUUCCAUAUGAAGGCUUAUACUGCAACUGUGUGUUGUCACCCCAAGGUGUAGACCGGUCCUCUACUGUUCUGAGUUCACAGAAGCCUUUUAUCUCUAGCUAUGGAACCCAGUCAGGGUCUUCUACUCCCUUCACCCUGCAAGGAAGUAUCACUUAUGAUGGAUCACCACAGCCUCAAGGUACUGCUAGUCAAUUUGCCCUCAUUUCUUCCUCCUAUCCAAGUGUUUUAUCCCCAUCCCAAGGUGUUGCCAGUCAGUCUAUUAGGGGCUCUCUGAAGAAGCUUUCCUCUACCUUCGCAGGCAGCUCUGGCACCCAGGCAGGGUCCUCUACUGCUAUCCUGCAGGGAAGCACUGCUUAUGGUGGAUCAGUUCAACCUCAAGACGUUACAAGUCAGUCUGCCCCUGGACCUCAUUCCUCCUAUACGAGUGCAUCACUGUCCUCACCCCAAGCUGUUGCUAGUCCUGGUUCAUGGAAGCAGUUUAUCUCUACCUCCACAGGUAGCACUGGUAAAAGACGCUGGUAAACUGGUGCAUGUCUUUUUCAGAAUUGAAACUCUAAUAAAGGUUUGAAGCUAA